CUAGAAGGUUGAACAGUUCCGUUUGGUAGUCUCAUUUGUCUGGUAGCCGUGAGACGAAUACGGUGUUUCGUCCCGAAGUUUGUCGUUCGCUGUUUGUCUAGACGCCUGCCGGCCCAAUAUAAUGGCUUUUCCAAGAUUAUCUUCCUGGUUUGUGUUGACCCUCGCAGUUCUUUCCGGAAGUGCCCGCUAUCAGCGGUAUAUCUGUCAGGUAAUCGAAGACGAUUGGUGUACUCUUCAGAGGAUCUUCAUCACCUCAAGGUCGGACCUGUCUGGUUUACGUUUUCCGGAUGAUCAAUUCGAGCGUCUACGCAUCGGCCAGUACUAUGACUUUGCGGAUACGGACAGUGUGAUCAGUAUCUACUCGGCGGGUCUGAAUCGGAGGAUGAGCGGAGUUCGUUACCUGCAGAUGAAUGCGGUUCGAAUGCAAGGUCUGGACAUGCCUGAUUCAGUCCUCGAACUUGAUGUCUCAGAUAAUUGGAUUUCACGGGUCUACAUAGACCCGGACAAAAGUUACAACUUGAGAAAGCUGAAAAUGAGGAACAAUCUUCUGACCAGUGUGGCAAGUUUCAAAUAUCUCAAUCAGCUAGAAGAACUGGACAUGGCCGAAAACCUAAUUCACCUGUUGAACUUCGAGCUAUUUUCCUUCAUGCCUUACAUUCGAACCAUCGACUUUUCCCACAACCGGCUGUUGGAAGUGCGACCUGGAAGCAUUAAACUACUCCUACACUACCUAGAACGCCUGGAUCUUACCGGGAAUCAGCUGAUUGGAAUGAAGCUGCACCAAUGGACGUUCCCAUCGUUGCGGAUGCUGAAUGUUACCGGCAAUCCGAUUGGUCGGCUAAAUUAUUUCGAAGUGCGUCGUGCUUUUCCCCGGUUGAAGAGAGUUACCUACUGAUGCCGGCAAUCUAAAAGUGAGAUUAUCGAUUGUGUGAUUUCCCAGGAAGUGAAUCAGCAGCGCUGAACUUGUAACACAAUUUAAGUGCAUUUGAAAAUAUUUAUACAUUUCUAUACAUUCGUGGAAA